AAAGCGUUGAAAAUAAGUGCAUAUCCGCCCCCUGCUCAUUACCUUUGCCUCCUCGCAGAUGAAUAGACAGCUAAACGAACUAACUAACAAACAACAAAUUACGAAAUUGUACAAAGAGAGAACCUAGUUUCAAAAUAAAUUUGAUGAAAACAUUCAUACAAACGCGUCACACUUUUCCGGAGAAAGGAAUAAAUUGCGUCGUAGAAAAGAAAGCUCUGUGCAUACGUUGAACGAGUGAAAGGCGUAUUAAAUUUCAAAACAUGUCAGUUAAUUGAAUCCUGAUUGAAUUCUGAUUUUGUUAUUUAUUAUUAUGUAUCAGGUUACUAGACGAGCUGCUGCUGGAGGGAGAAGCCUCUCGCCACUGUUCCGACUGAAGGGAGAAAGUCACCCGAAAUUUCUACUUGCACUUUCAUCACCAUCCUCGUCGUCGCAUUAUCUCUCGACUACUCCACUCCCAACGGCCACCAGAACUCCGUACGUACGUGCAUAGCUCCUCUCUGCGUCGCAUUUUCCGUGUGGGGAAAGGAUUUCAAAGAAUUUUGUUGAUCCUGCUCCGUCAAACGCACUGGCUUGAUCUACCCGUGCAAGGAAAGAACGAGUGCUGCAAGGAUGGCUGCUGUGGGUCGGAUUCGUCACCCCUCGACGGGUGAGCAUCACGCCUUCACUGCGAAUGGCACCAUGGUCAAGACGUUUCAAGCCUAUCUCGCAAAUUGUCACAGAUUCUACUCGUGUGUCCAUUGCCGGGCUCAUCUCGCAAAUCAUGAUGAACUCAUUUCAAAGUCAUUUCAAGGGAGUCAAGGACGGGCGUACCUCUUCAAUUCUGUGGUGAACGUGGGCUGUGGUCCCGCCGAGGAACGCGUCCUUCUCACCGGACUUCACGCCGUGGCUGAUAUCUAUUGUGAAUGCUGUCGUACCACGCUGGGUUGGAAAUAUGAGCAUGCCUUUGAAUCUAGUCAAAAGUACAAAGAAGGAAAGUACAUCAUCGAAUUAGCCCACAUGGUGAAGGAGAAUCAGUGGGAUUGAGACAGAGCCGCCAGGGUCAACCAAAUCUUCGGCUUGACGACGCAAUUGUACAACACCACUCCACCGACGACAUCACCCCUGCAGGACUGUGAUCCUCUUCUCUACGACCCUUGGGUCAUUCCUGACGAACCCGUCGUGAUGAUCAACAUUGUACAAGUUCCGAACCAGCAAGACGUCAUCGAAGCGAGGUGUCCAUCUCUCCUCUCCUGUCUCACACUCUUCCAUCGCCUCGUCUCUUUCAUAUGGCAGAGUGUUUGGCGGUGACCCUGGCGCCCCAGAUUCACCGAGUCUCGUCGUCCCUUCUCCUCCUCCUGUUCCCCCCUCUACGUUAUGCUACCUUUGAUCUACUACUACUCAAUAUCUGUCCACUACUACUACUAUUACUACUAUUCAUGAUAUGUACUUUUAUACGCGUCCAAUCAGUCCAACAGGAAAGACGUGUCUCUCGAUCUCUUCAACAGCAACAACUACACACCAAUUCAGAUUGGCUCCAGCUCAUACAACAAAACUACAAAGAAAUGAAACCAAAACCUCUCUGUGACUCUCAGGAGUAUCAAAACUUCAAAACUGCAGACCAGAAAGAAAACAGUGAAACCGUACGCGCGUUGUUAUAUAAUAUAUAAAACUUAGCUAACUAAGAUUACACAUACUUGCAUAUGUUUACUUGUAGCGGAAUCAAGAUCAUUUUUAAGGAAACUCAUUGUUAUUGCAUUUAUAAGCUUAAAAAUACAUAUAUCUAUCUACGUUGUUAAAUUAUAUGUAGGUAAAUCGCUGGCGAAUGUGUUAUUAGUGGUGAAUGACUAUAAAUAUGUAACAUGACGAGGUACGAAUGCAUGUAAAUUAACUUAAGACGUGCAUACAUACAUAAAGAAAGAGUAGAUGAAUCUUAUGCGGCAUGGAUUGAAUCAUUCGGAUCGUUAUACUACGUAAAAAAAUGUUUAAACUAAUUUAUUUACCAAGUAAAAAAACCAUUGUCGUGCGUGAAAAUGUGGUAGUCUUUCGAUCAAGGGAAAAAUGUGUACAAAAUGUAGAACAACGGUGUAAACAGCGAUAAUGCUAAGAAAGCAAAACAGAUUUUAUGCAUCACUUAUGAAGUAAUUGAUGAUUUUAGCGGCUCUGUUUUAAAAAAAGAAACGAACAAUUAAUCAAUCCCCACUAUUGGUGCUCAGUUACCCAAAUUUGAAACUAACUAUUUAACCAUAGAAUGAUCGACUCCUCCAUUGUCCAGCCAAAAAAUGUUAACAAUUCUUGAAAAAUGUUUAUCGAAAUCGAAAUCCACACAGUGCUGUUGCUGCAUGAAAAUAUAAAAUAUGAAGCCGUGAACUACAAUCCUGUGAGAAACAAAGCCCCACUCUCUGUGAUACAAAAUGUCUGACUGAAAAAAGAGGAAGAAAACCAAGAAAAAAAAUGUCGCCGUCGCCACCGUCGUCGCCGCCGCCGAAUCGAAUCGAAUCUAUGAUAUAAAUCUUUUCGUGACCAUUUUUUCUCGUCGUCUCCUCAUCCUCUCCUGAUGCGCAUCAUCAUCAUCAUCACUACAUUAUAUACAUAAAUACAUCAAUUAUUAUAUCGCUGUUAAAAAUAAGAACCCCGCAACAAAGAAUCGUUAAACUUCGUUAUUAAAUAGAUACGAUAUCCGAGAUAUACUAAUAUUAUAAAGUUAAUCACGUUUUUAGAAAUAUAUAUUGUAACAUUUUAAUUCAAUCAUCCACGUUGAGAUGAUUUUUUGUCGUGCUAAGAAUUGCGUACAUACUUUUAAUCCAACCUUUUUCUCUUGAAUUCAUUAACAACAACCAGUUUUUAAUACUUUUAAAUUGUUUUACCCCGACUAAAAAUAGCUUAAAAAGUCAUCCAUCAAGCUGCUAUACAGAAGUAGUUACUGAGAAAAUUUGCACGUCUAAUUACUCUAUAAACUAAGCUCGACGAAGAAUUUUUUGCAUGGAGUCCGUUACUUAUGUAAAAAAAAAGAGAACGUAAUUAUGUAUUCGAUACUUUGGAUGGAUGGAUGAAUGUGCAUGUGUCCUCAUCGCCAGUUAAAUAUUUAGCAUGGAUAUUUAAUUAUAUUUAAUUGUUUUAUAAUACUUUUUUUACCAGUAUCGAUUAUAUUAAAGAGAAAGAGAUCGGUGUAAAUUUGUACGGAUUUAUCAUUUAAGUUGCGCUUAUCGUUUAAAUAAAAUGUUCACGCUGCUUCGCUAUACAUAAA